GCACCCUUUUUCCAGGUGCUCUUGUAAAACUCUUGUAAGAUUGAGCCAAAGCAAUAACCGAAGCUGUAAAGGGUAUGAAUGUUUCAUCACGGUCAAUAUUACCAAAAGUGAUUAAAUGAGUUUUGUAGCCUUUUUUUUAAUAAUGUGUUGGGAGAGCUUUGGGAAGUUUGAGGAAGUUUAUCUGCCAGGAUUAUGGCGUGCAGCUGCCCACAGAGAUUAGCGAGUCUGCUUCAGACGGAUUACAGCGAGAUAGGAACAUAAGGCCACAUAUCACGCUAGCUUUGGCCCUACAUACAGCAGGGUAUUUAUCACUCUGCUCUGCGUCGUUGUGCGCCGCGGGGGCUGUGGAACGCACCACUGUUCCUGCGGACCGCCGCUUCCAGUUUUCCAAGGCGCGGACGCAAAGCCUUGUCGACGAUGGAAUGUACACGUGCGUUAAAAUGUUCGGCAACGGUGAGCUACGCGGUGUGUUUGUGGGUCUUAAGGGAGCGACCGACAACGCGCAGGGCGCACGCAAUGGACUGGACCAAUGUGAGUGCGGGAGCAAACUAAACAGACCGCGCCGCCCGAGCGUGUUGCAUAACACCCAUGGGUACGCGGCACGUGAACGCUGCCCAUCAUGAGAGCAACAGAUGGGCGCAGGAGGUCCACGGGCAGCGGGCUCCCGUGGAAGUACUCACUCCGCAGGUAGAGACUGACAGAUUGUAGGCUUCCUGGAGCUCUGCUGAGACGCUGCACUCGGACACCUGCUCUCCCAAGGGCCCGCUGCCCGUGCUUCGGCUGUCAGCCCUUCAAACCUCUCCGCUCUUUUCGUUUGAAAAAGGGGGCGCCUACGCUUCGAUCGAAGUUGGGGUUGUAAGAGAACGCCUGGCGACGCCACCGUUUCCACCCGGCAUGAAGAGGCCCCUGAGCCCAAGCAGGCUCCUGGAGAACGGGCGACUGUGUCUGCCCUUUGGCGCGUGCGUGGAGCUGCAGGAGGCCUCCGAGAGCCACGCCGGGGUGCAGCAGGAAAAGAAAAAACUGCUCUUCUCCUUGUGUGAGGUUUGCAACAUCCAGCUCAACUCGGCUGCCCAGGCCCAGGUCCACUACAACGGCAAGUCCCACCUAAAGAGGCUCAAGCAGCUGAACAACGGGGAACUGCCCAGCACCCCCCUCUCCACGAGCGGCUCAGGAAGUUCAUGCCAUAGCAACACGCUUCCUGCGCUGGUGAGAACACCUCCUCUGAUGAUGCAGUCCGCGCUGGACGUGAAGCCCUUCAUGUCCUUCUCUGUGGAUACGGCGUCUCCAGCUGGACUCUUCCCCAACUUCAACACGAUGGACCCUGUGCAAAAAGCCGUAAUUAACCACACGUUUGGAGUCUCCAUCCCUCCAAAGAAAAAGCAAGUUAUUUCCUGCAGCAUCUGUCAGCUCCGCUUUAAUUCAGAUAGCCAGGCCGAGGCGCACUACAAAGGCAGUAAACACGCCAAGAAGCUCAAAGCGCAGGAGUCCACGAAAAAUAAGCAGAAAAAUGCUGCUGCUACCAGGGACAAGGCAAAGACAGUCUCCACCUCCUCGGCAGGUACUGCCAGCAGCCCUGACCAGCCAGAAAAUAACGAGGUGCCCCCUACCACGGCCCAAGCCAGCGCGCAUCCUCCCAAAGCUUUCACCCCCACCGCUGGAGCGGCUCUGGGUCAAAGCCUCUGCGAGCCUGCAUGCGAGCCUGCCCCCGCCACCCCCUGCGGCGCCCCUGCCGCAAAGAGCGGCGUGAAGGCCGUGCCCCCCGUCGGGACGGCCCCGGCUCCCGCCCCUACGCAGGAGGAGGAGUCCGAGGAGGAGAGGGCCAAGAAGCUUCUCUACUGUUCGCUGUGCAAAGUGGCCGUCAACUCGCUGUCUCAGCUGGAAGCUCACAACUCAGGUUCGAAGCACAAAACAAUGCUUGAGGCCAGGAAUGGAGCAGGCCCCAUUAAAGCGUACCCCAGACCAGGCUCCAAACUCAAGAUCCAGGCCGCCGUGGUUAAGGGUUCAGGGCUGCAGAACAAGACGUUUCACUGCGAAAUCUGCGACGUUCACGUCAACUCGGAGAUUCAACUUAAGCAGCACAUCUCUAGCAGGAGGCACAAGGACAGAGUGGCUGGGAAGCCCCUGAAGCCCAAGUACAGCCCAUAUAACAAGCAGCAGCGCAGCUCCAGUGUUCUGGCAGCUAAACUUGCAUUCCAGAAGGACCUGGUGAAGCCGCUGUCACCGGCGUUCAUUUCGAGCCCGUUCUCCCCCGCGACUGUUUCCUCGAUCCCCCUACACCCGCGACCUAGCGCCUCCCUCUUCCAGACUGCCGCGCUGCCGCCCUCCUUCCUCCGGGCAGCUCCUGGGCCGAUCCGGCCCGCCGCGGGGUCCAUCCUCUUCGCCCCGUAUUAAACUCUGUCCCUACGAGGGAGCACGGAGGCUUUGCGUCUCCUAACCGAGGGACCAGUCUAUGGAUCCGCCGUGUUGGCGCACCGCGCCGAGUGGCGGACGCUUGCCUUGGCCGAGCCUUCGACAUCGCGCCCUCCGCAGGCGUUCGCUUGCCAGGACCGCGGUGUUUCAGCCAACGGUGCAUCCAUUUAACUUAUUCCCCCUCUACUGCGUCAUCCCAGCCGGACUAGAGGGCUCUCUGGAGGGCUUGUACGUGGCAGAUAGAAGGAAUGAAGAACAUCACACUGCUUCCUGAAUGACUUGAAAUUCCACCGUCUUCCGAAUCAAGGGCAAGGUCAACUCCGGGCGUCCACCCGCUGCCGUUCUGCUGCCGUUUCCAGGCGCAGGACAGCGCACAAGUUCAGUCACGUGGACAUGUCGUCAGGGACUAUGUCAUGCUGUUUGGCCCCAGUGCUGUUUUCUAUUGUGUACUCAAUGAGCUGCAUCUCACUUGAUAUAAUGUGGAGUAAUAUUCUGUUUAGCAGUCUGGAUUCUGCUUUGUUUUUCACUUCACAUCAUUUUCUUUUCCUUCAUAGACGUCUCUGAAGAGAACCACCCUAGAUAGCCAUAGUAAAUCAUCUCUCACUAACAGCAUUUUCGGCGUAUGCUUUUGGAGAAGGUUUCAAAUCAUUUUCUCAACCGCUUGGACAGCUGACUGCAGUUAAGCAAGUUUUCGUUCGGGGAAGAAAUACAGCUGGACGUGCACACCGUUUGUCUGGCCUGCCUGUUCUCUGGCAGGGAAUCAUGGGCCCUUUAUAUCUUUGUAAUGACGUGAUGAUGGUGCAUUACCAUGAGGCCCGUUAAUGCAAUAAUGUACAGAGAGCAUUACUUACUUAUAGUCACUGUAGUGUGUUUGUUUAUCAUGCAACUUACAAGAAUUGUAUCGUUUUGGAGGCUGCAGUAGAGGCUACGAGUUUAGAUGCAGUGAUUUGUAUUCCUGAAAUCUUACAAGAGCAAUCCAAACCAAGAGUCACCAUUAGUCUGUAGUAUUUGUAGCUCUUUAACGUCUAGUAUGUAUGUAUGUAUGAUAGGAAACUAUACAUGUAAAGUACACAUUUUCAAUAAAAUAGAUUUAAAUUAUUUGUUCAUACUACACAUUGAUUUUGUAUAUUACAAUUCCAAAUAUAUAAAUGAAAUUACCAUUUUAAAGAAUUUCUAUAAAACUGAUGUUUCAGUAAUAAACAGAGCUUAUAUAAAUUUAAACAGAAUUUAUAGACUGCUGAUCUGUAUUUAAUAACAACAGAGCAUGGAUCAAUGUAAGAAGAGUAAAUUGUUAUUUUUUCUGUAUGAUUUGUACAGUAUUUAUUUUCUUGAAAAUUUUCUAUUUUGCAACGACUACCGAUAAUGACUUCUAUUAGCCUAGACAUAAAUAGUUUGGUGCGACAUUGUUGUUUUUCAUUGAAUAGUUAUAUUUGUGUCUUAAAAACCCAACUGUAAAUGUAACGUAAUUUGUAUUGAAGGUGUGCUCCACGUCAACCAACUUUCAUGUUCAUGAUCUGCCGUCUUAGCUUGGAACAACAAGUUCAACAGUUACAGCAUGUUUCACCAAAAGGGUCAUACUCAAAGUUGGCAGAAAAUCUUGUUUGAAACGUUUACAAAAGUGGGUGUUUUAUGCAUAAACCAGGUGACAAGUUUACAACAGUUGAAAUAGCAGCAAGAGACCUGGAAUCAAUGCUUCCAAACUGCAAAGAUCUCACAGGAUGUGCUUGUGUCAAAAAUGGUCUUAACAGGCACGUUACCACUGUUCACGGGCGACUGUGACCAAAAAUACACUUUCUGUUAUGAUCUAGGAUUCAAAAUGAUGUUUUCCCCAAUAUCCUUUCCUUAAUACUCAAAGCUACUGAAUUAAUUAUAGGGUAAUAAUGAACCUCUUCCUAUUUCUCAUAUGAGCAACUUUAAUUGGGCCGACAGCUAAUACUUUGAGAGCGAAAAGGUUCUGAACAGACCACUUAAUCCCUGUAUCAAUAAGUUGUCUCUCAGUGCUGUUUAGUCCACCUGUGAAUGUGUCUCAUUUGGUUUCACUCCUUUUAUUAAAUGCAAGCAGUCUUUCCUGGUUAUGAUUUUAUCAUGUGACCUGCACACAUCUAUAGCCUAUGCAUUUUCCCAUUAAAUAUUUUCAACA